AUGGCAUCUAAUUGGGUCCAUAAAUUUCUAUUUUUCCCAUCUAAUUUUUUUGUUUCUUGGACCAGUGAGUGAAGAAAUGAUGUUGAAUGUUCUACAAUCGAAAUAUUUCUUUUUAGAGGAUUUUGUAACACCAAUUUGUAAUCGAUACAUAAAUGUGUUUAUUGCUGAACUGAUUUUGGGUAUUUGUUCUCUUCAUUUCUUCUUUUUUAAAUAAAAAAAAUUAUACUUACGCUGGUUGACCACUGCCAUUGUCAUCUCCAUCUUCUUCUUAAAGUUGUAUGAUUCAAAGUCAGACAAGAGGGCUCUCUCUCUCUCUCUCUAACCCUAAAUGAUUUUUGACCAAUUCAUCUUGGUCAAUGGCCCUUAGGUACCCCAAUUUUUGAUAAAUAAUCAAAUAGAAAGUAACGUGGCAGAAAUUAUGGGAAGAACAUGAAAUGUGAACUUUUAGUAGGCAAUAAUUGCUUCGGAUGAUUCUUGAAUUCACAAGUAUUAGAAUAAAAUGUCUCUUUAAUCUUAUAAGAACUGUUUGAAUCCAUAAACAGAUAAAAACUUCGCAAAAUAAAGUAAGAUAGCAUACUAUUACCCCUCAUAAAUUACUAUGUUUAGGAAUUUAAAUGUCUUCUAAAAAUCAAACCAGUUGAAAAUAAAAUAAUAUUUUAAGGUGAAUAAAAAAGUAGAACAAUCUGACGUGUUAUCCACAUGCUAUUAGACUUAAUUGCCUGGGUAUUAAGAAAAUAAAAAUCUAUUUUUCAUAGAUUUUCGGCCUCUCCUACAUCACAGUCGGAGGGUGUUAUGUGGGCUUUUUAAUCGAAUAAAAUGGGUUCAUCUUGAUGCUUUCUCCUGAUCACCUACUGGUUUUUUAACCUUGAUAACAAGAAUGUUCAAGUCCUUUUCUUCUUCGAUUAGUCCCCAAAAUCUCGAUCAAAUCUGGUAAGAACCUCAAAUCUCUUCAAGAACAAAUGAAUUUAAUGACGUUGAAAUUAUUUGCGGAGCUCAGAUGAUCGAAAAAGUUCCGUUCUUGCAGCUUUCUCGUCCGGCCACCUCGGAGAAUUCGAACGGAAGAGACGGUGCGAGGUGGGUUGCAGCGGAAAAGUGGGCUUCGUGGGGAGGGGUAGAGGGCCUCGGCGAGAACCCCGUUCGUCUUCCAUGUCCCUGCCGUCCCCGGUGAGUCUUCUGCCUCUGCGGAGGCCGCGGUGGACGAAGGUUUUUUUCUUACUGAUCAAAUCUCUCCGACGAGCAGGUGGGCUUCCUGGUCCCCCUCAGAGCGGACCUCUCCGAGGAUGCCUCCGCUGAGAGGUUGCCCCUCCUUGUGGGAGCGAACUUGCUGGGACGCGGCAAUCUGGCGGCGGUUGACAAGAGGGUGAGCCGCAGGCAACUCGUCUUGCAUGCUUCAGACGGCGGCGGCGCCGAGCUAUUCGUGGUAGGUGAUCAUUAGAAUAAUCACGUUUUAGCUGGAUAGAAGCCUAUGAAGUGAUGGUUCUACUGCCGGUGGCUCGUUGACUUUUAGUUUCCAAGCUUUGGUGUGGCAAAAUGGGUGUUUAAUCGUAUGUUGGGCGUCUCUUACUGCUGCUCUUCUCAGUCAAGCUCUCCAUGUUUAAAUUUAUGUUUAACGGGAUCACAUUCUGCGUACUGGGUGAGCUUGUAGGAGGGAGCAAAUCCUGUGGCUAUCAGAUCGGGAGGUCAAAGGACAAAGCUCUGCUCCGGAAGCAAGGCCUCCCUGGUUAAUGGUGACGUUCUGGAGUUACUUCCCGGCUGUUAUUUCUAUAAAUACAGUUCAGAAGGCUGCCCAGAGAGUGCCUCAUCAUCAAGAGCAGAUGCCUGGUGUUCACAGACGGGAAAGGUGUGCCAAGAAGAGGGGGCAUGGCAGCAUAAGAGGAAGAGGCAUAUUCUAGAAGACGACUCCCCUGUGAGAACUUUGCUGGGUUUCUUGUUACAUCUUCGAUUGUUAUGUUAUGCUGGUUUCCUCAUGUUAAAAGUCACUAUCUUAUGCAUAUCACUCUGUGAAAACAUGGUGAUAUGUCUUCCCUAAGCCUAUACAGUUAUGGUAUUUGUAUUUCAAUAGAGCGCUCAGGUUGAACGAUCUGAGCUGUGGGUCGGGCCCAUUUCAGCUUAACUAGGUGAUGUUUUUCACUUCGUUGUUGAAUAUUCUCCAGGAUUUAUCAUCAACGGCUAUGGAGAAAAUAUAUGAUCGAGGAAAAUGCGUAAUGAUUCGUGUAUAACUUAAAAUGCGCAUAAUGGGAAUCAAAAUCUCCUCUUGGAAUGCAAUGUACGCGGAUUGGAUGAACUCCUUGAUGAAUAUUCUUCAACAUAGCCUAGACUCAUUGCUUGGACGUUAUAAAUGUUGUUAAGAAAGAAAAUGUUUAAUUCUGUUUUUCUCAUUCUCUUGUGAGUAAGUAUGCUAAGAACAUGAUUUCUUACUUGCUGAUAUCCAAGAGAUCAUCUACUUCGGACAUUUUAUUCUUGUUUACAGCCGAUGACUAGAUCAUGUUACUGUUGUUUGAGACCAUUGUUGUUCUCUAAGAUGCAUAUUUUCAAACAAUUCCAUAAACCCUAUCAAACGGACCAUUUGGUCUAUACUUUUACUUUUGCUUUUGCUUUUGUAAGUUAUUGGUCGUUGAACAAGGAAAUGGAUUUCUUGUUUACCCUUUAGAUUAUGCCAUUCAGGAUAGCACCAGCUUAAAGCAACUUGAUGGCAGCUCACUUGCAAGAAGCUGCCGUGAUGUCCAUUCUGAGUCAAGCAAGGGUUUUCCUUCUCGUGACGGUUUACAAGCAAUCCGGCGUUUUAGGGUAUCUAAGGAGAACUUGCCAUCUGUAUUUCGGCUUUUGCGUGUCAAAGAUAUUCCAUCAUGGGCGAAUUCUUCUGCAGUUGGACUACAAGAUGUUUUUCAGGUAACUUUGUCAAUCCUUGAUCUUAUAGGGUCAUAUUUUAAUGUUCAACAUCUUUUAGUCCGCCAUUAUUUGCUCCAUACUGAUCUAUCUGCUGUUUCUCCACCAGCCCCUGUGAAUUAAUUUUCUCAUUUAGCUGAACAGUACAGAUGGCCCCUGGCAUAUCCAUUCAGUUAUAUUGUAUUCUUUAAGUCUAAUUUAUCUCUUAUAUUUUCUAUUUGAAAUUAUUUUACGUGGAUUUUUUUGAAAAUUUAAAUUUUUCCACAAAAGUAAUUUUACACCUAUUGGAUUAUAUUUUUUCAUUUUCCAAGUCGUGAUAAGAUAUUGUGUUGUUUAAACGUUGACGCCAGCAUAUUCAAGCAUUAUAUUUAUCCAUCUACAGCAUUGUAAACAUGAGUAAUAGUUUCCCCUGUGGGCAUCUUCUAUCAGUUAAGGGCCUAAUGUGUAAUAUUAAUUUAAUUUUAUUUCCUUUUCGCAUCUUCCAAAUUGUGAAACGUUUUCAAGGUCCUUGACUUGAAGAGAAAGCUAUUCAGUUCCUAUUAAAAAUAAAGUUAAGUUUUGACUGAUUAAGCUUGUUCUUUGGGAGAUCAUUCCUUUUAUUCAAAUCCUUGGCACCGUCUCAUGGGUGGAUGGAUACAAUAUGCUACUUGAUUAAAACCAAUGAAAAUAUGGUUUUUGGCCACCUUGUAUAUGAAGUUGGUAUCUGGAGAUUUAUAUUUGCAAACUAUUUCAUGACGUUGGUAUCUAUCGCUAAACUCUUGUAUAACAUUAUACUUUCUCUCAUUUUUCUCUGAAAGAGAGAAUUUUGAUGUUUAUAGCUUCAAUUUUCAUUAGUUCUAUUUGAUGGAUGGUAGGGGAACGUGCUUUUUGCCAUCCUUUCAAAUUACAUGGUGGACAUUGAUUGGUUGCUUUCUGGUGAGUUUGAUGUGAUUCUAUUAUAACUUUUGUGGAUUUUUGUGCCUGAUCUGGUGUUGUGCUUGUGGCCAGAACAAAUCAUCUUGUCCUUAAGGUUUUGCUGAUUCUCAUUACAACUACCUGAGGUUCAUCAUUUUUUAAUCAAAUCAUAGUAUUCUUUAGUAAAGUAUAUUUAUGUAUUGAUAACACAUUGUGCAAGUAAUUUAUGAAAGAUUGGUGGAAAAUUAUGAAGACACGUGGUCUUAAAUAAUUCGUCUUCAUCUUGUUCUUUAUCUCUCUUCUGAAUCGUUUGGGAGAAGUUCAGCAAAAGCAAAUGAAACCGGCAAAUUCUGCGAGUGGAAAAAGUUUUCCACUCAGUGAUCACACUCAGCUGAAUGAAACAGCUGCAAUCUCCUCAUUCAGGCUUUUGAUGGUAAAGAUGAUUCUCUCGAAAAUCUGAUUUAAAAUCCAUACUUAUCCAACCAUAUUUUUUUUGGUUGUCCAUUUCGUAUUUGAUCAUCCAGAUACAUUGAAGGAACUAAAAGAAAAACAAAGUUAGCUUGUUGGGCAGCUGUGGUGGUCUACACUUGGAUGUGCUUAUCAAAGAAUUCAAAACCAAGAUUAUCCACAGAAGAAUUAAUGUAGUUGUAGAGGAGAACGCAUAGAAAGUAUAGACAACAUUUUCAAUGGUUAGAAAAGAAAAUUAAUUGUAAAAAUCGAGUCCACUAAAAAUUAAUAACGGCUUUGCUCGGACCGACAAGUAUUCUAGAACAUUAUUUUCUCCCGUGUGUAAUGGUUUUCCCUUUUUUCCUACCAGCAUAUCCCCUUCUGUGCCAUGGCUUCGAGUCGGAGUAUUUUCUCUCAAUUUAUAUCAUUUUUUUGUGAUGGAUGCAGCUUGAGUAAACAGAUAAGAUCUAUAUUGAGGAUAGUUGCGUGUUUUGUUGAAUUUUUUUGUAGAAUGUCCAUUUCUGGAGAAGAUACCUCGGGUGCUUGUUAUUCAUGGAGAAUCAGGCGCUUCACUAGACCAUAUGAAGGUUUCUCUAUUAAAUUUGGAUGAACUUCUUACGGUUUCAUUAUUUCACAUUUUGCUUAGGGUUUCUCUAUUAUUUUUUUUAUGUUUGUCCAGAAGAGCAAACCGGCAAAUUGGGUUCUGCACAAGCCUCCUCUACCUAUCUCAUAUGGCACUCACCAUUCCAAGGCUAUGUUCCUUGUAUAUCCUCACGGAUUGCGAGUGAUUAUUCACACAGCAAACCUGAUAUAUGUUGACUGGAACAACAAAACACAAGGUCUGUGGAUGCAAGACUUCCCUUUGAAAGAUGAAACUAGGCUGAAGGAAGGAUGCCCAUUUGAGAAUGAUCUAGUUGAUUAUCUCAAUGCAUUGAAGGUAUGCAGUUUUCUUUGGCUGUUUUCUGAUCUCACUUCCAUAUUUUAUGUCUUAAAUGAAUCAAAUAAUUUAGAUCCUGUGAACAGCCGAAAGAGUUUACGCCUUGCUUUAUGAAGAUUGUCUGCAGAUUUAUUGGUUUUUUUAAUUUUCUGUUUCUUUCUGGCAAUCAACGUUGUCUGGCGUUUUAGGAUGGCACGAAAUUCUAAGUGAAGGACAUCAACCACUUAAUGAAAACCAAUAAUACUGCAACAGAAACGUUUAGAGUAGGAAUGAGGAGUUCUUUGAAUUUAUCCGGGGAAAUGUGCAUGAGAAUCCAUGGAGAUUUUUGAGUGGAUAACUACACAUCCACAAGGCUUGAUAAAUUUAUAUGUAUAAAUUGGCUUUGAUUCAGAGAGUGAAUUCACCAUGUGGCAGCAUAUUUUACUGCCAAAUAUGUCAGACCCUCAAGAGUCCUCAAGGAACCCAGCAGGAAAGCCAGUCUUCCCUCAAGUUAAUAGGCAGUAUCAGAUCCUCCCUCAAGUUAGACUGGUUAAAGAACUAAUUAUGAAAGUGCAUGAAGGACAGUAUAAUAAAAAUGGCGAAUUUAAAUUUGCGUCAUAAUUCAUAAUUAUGACGCAAAUUUAAAUACUUUUUCAAGAAUGUAAAUUUAUUGUCACGAACAUGUGCAUAAAACAAGCUGAAAUUAUAGCCCCCCCAAAAAAAGAUUCCUUCUCUGUGGAGCCUAAGCAUCACUAUAUCAAGCUACUUUUCUAUAAAUACAGGUGUAGUGAUUCCAUUUUCCAGAAAAUUUGUCCCGUGAGUGCAGAAAACACUCUGCUACCUCUGACAGUGUCCCCCUUCAUUUAGUGAAAUUUAGGGGUCCUUGGAGUGUAUCGUCUUUGGAUUGACUUGUGACUGAUUUGCAUUCGAUCCAACUUAGUCUUUUGUUCCUCCACUGAUGACGCAGAUGGCUGCCUAGGGAGUUUACCAUUCAAUUUUCCUGUUGCUUUUUGGUUUGGUACAGUGUGAGUGUGCGUUUUUCCUCCGUCAGGUCAGCAGUUGCCCCCUCCUCAAAAAGAGGAGUUGGGGGGGCGGCUGCUGGUGUUUGGGUUCCAGUGGGAAGUUGGCAGUCUAAAUGUUUACGUGGUAUACCAUCAAUUGCUCAAACAAUCUGACAAAUCCCCCCCGCCUGUAUGCUAUUGGUAAGUUUCACAAUAUUAUUCACGUGGAUUAGUCGUCAAGGAUAUCAUGGUAUUGCUAAUAUGACCUUCUUCUAAACACUUUGCUUUAUGGAUCGUUUUUCCUACAUGUAUGCCUCGUAAAAAUUCCGAAUGCUUGCUUUCUUAGAAAGUAACCUGCUAAUUGGAUCUGCUUUCCAAUUUAUGCAGUGGCCGGAGCUCAGCAUUAAUCUACCUUCUAUUGGACCAGCCAACAUUAAUCCAUCAUUCUUUCGAAGAUUUGAUUAUAGCAAUGCAAUGGUAUCCACCACGCUUUCUGAAUAAAUUAUAAGAUUCCUUUAGUUUUACUAUUCCUUUGUUUUUUAUUUUUGCUCUGUCUAAUUAUUUACAACAAUUUUAUUCAUAUAUUGUGUGAUGAGCUCUUAUUUUCCAUAAAAGAAUAAAUAAGUUAGGUUUUUUGUAUGGCUGGCCUUCGGAGCUGACAUGGACCAUUUAAAAUAGACUUUUCAUCUCAAACAUUCAGGACAACGGAUAAAGAUAACAAUAGCAAAGGUAAUAGUGCAUAAGUAGAUUAUUUUUAGCGAGAAGUAUAGAAGCGAAAUUUGAUCGUGUAUGGUGAACAUCUUCCUAAAAAUGUCAAGGUAACAUUUAAGGAUUCUAGAGAUUGUGGACGAUGUCCUCUUGGACUGUAUUGCAGCCUAUGAAGCUCAGAUCCAUUAAUCUAAGUUGGGAAAAAUUAGUUAGCUUCAACAGGCAUAUUAAUGCAAGGUAGAUAAAUCCAUGUAAUCAACCCAAGCCCUUUUCUUAUUGUGCACAAAUACGCUUCGGAGCUAAUAAUUGUCAGGAUUAAUUUGAUUGGCCCAAUGCAAUGAGGUCCUCAAUUAUCUCCUGGUGGGUUCCAGUUCACCAAUAAAAUGGUAUCUGCCUAUCUAGUAAUUUUUUUUUCAACCCACACCAUCAUGUUCUUCAACCCAUUUUCAUUUGACCACACAUAAAAUGGGUUUUCAACACCAAUCAAACGGGAUUGAACAAAUUAUCAAAUGAACUUCAACCAACCAUCAUACAAGCUUCAAUCCCAUUUGAGAUCCACUAUCAACACGUGAGUUUCGGUCCGUUACUUAGUAGGCUUUGCCCUACCAUUAUGGGUGUAAGUUGUUGUUCACUCCUUAAAACUCACGUUUGCAACCUAAUGGUUGUCUGGAACAUUGAUUUGCCAAGGCUAUCGUAAUAUUGUUUUAAUUUACUUUGUCAGGAAGUUUAAAUCUUAAGUUAUUGUACUAAUUAAGGUUGUUGCUGACAACCGACAAGAUUGGAUGUUGGCAGGGGACUCUAAUUAUGGAUAACCACGUUGGAACUGACAUUUCAUUGGAAACUUGCUGGGAAGGUGGUAGUCCAUUGCUGACACAUCGUCUGAUCAGUAGGCCUCUCUUAUACUGUUCUGGAAUCGAACUCAAAACAGAGAACAUGCUGGAGUAAGGGAGGAUAUUGGAAUCGUAUGACAGGAAAAGAGGGGGAAAAAUAUGGUACGAACUUGAAAAAAAAUAAUGGUUAUCAUGCUUCCAUUUUUUAUUGGAAUGAUUAUCAAACUGUAAUUGCUAGCUAUCCCACCUCCGCUCAUGAAUAGUAAAUUGCAAUCAAAGCCAAUCUGGGAUAAGCCCUGGCUAAUGUACUGGGGUUAUAAUAAUAUCUAUUUUCCUAAUUUUAUAAACAAACAGGCUCCGAUGGAGAAAAUCAAAGUAGUACUUCGCUGCAAUAUUGUUUCACAAAAUAGUGAUCUGAAAAAAUAAUUAGAAAUCUAGAAAAUUUCUACUAGGAAUAAAAUUUAAUGUCUUGUUUGCAAGAUAGAAAUUUCAUGUUUGUGUUUAAACUUCAUAUUCCCAAUAUUUCAAGCAGUGUUCGUUGUUGUAUUUUUCAUCAAAUAUUAUGCUUUAUGUACGAAUAUUGAAACUUCAUAAUAACUUUCUGUUCGUCUUGCUCUAAAUUUUGUUGCUAGGUCAGAUUAGUUGCAUCUGUUCCUGGAUAUCAUACUGGUUCCAACCUUAAAAGAUGGGGUCACAUGAAAAUAAGGAAUAUUCUAGAGAAGUUCACAUUUGACAAAGACUUCCAGGGAUCCCCUCUUGCUUACCAGGUAGAAAUGAACUAAUUUUCCAAGUUUUAAACGUUUCUGUUCCAAAGCAAUAUUAAUGUAUUCGAAUUUUUAUGUAUGCGUUUCGUUGACAGUUGUGGAUUGUUCUAUUUGAAGAUUUUCAUCAGGGUAGAAUAUCCUGUUGUCUUUUUGGGAAUGGAUACGACUUGGUUUAUAAUUAUUCAUCAUAUAAUCUUGAAUCUUAGUUUUGGACUGCAGUCUGAGUUUUGUUUUGAGUAAGGCUUAACCAUGCAGAAGUCAAUAAUGUCAAAAUACCUAGCUUAUUUUCUCACCUCAGAAUUAAGUUCAAAUCGUAAUUCAGAUUUUCCUACCAAUGGGCAUAACAAUCAAGAAGAAACGGUGAAAGCACUUUGAGGAUUUCUAAUUCUGAUUGCUUUCUCUCCAGCAUGUUUAUUAGCCUUUUUUGUUGGCCAGUAAGAAUUAUAUUAGACGUAAAGUGUUUGCCAUCAAACUGAAUAUCAUCGUAGUGUUUACGGGCUUUUGUGCCUGCUCAGAAACGAUGAUUUUUCCUUUUUAGCAUUCAAGUUUUGACGGAUUCAUAAGAACUAAAUGCAAAGCAUAAAGAAUGAUCUAAAAUGUAAAAGAUAUCAAUCUUGGCUAUAAAUUUUCGUGAACUGUGAUGACGAGGUCUCUCUAUGUGUGGCAAGGGGUAUUUUAUCUUCACAACGUGCUCUUUGGAAUCAUAUGGUCUAAGGUUCAGAUAAAUGAAGGAAUUAUUCAGGAAAUUAUGUUAACUGGAGAGGCAGUGUAUCAGCUUCUCCUUUACAUGGAUACACCAAACUCGAUUCUACAGGAGCGCCAUACCUUAUAUCCUAUAUAUUUUGUAAUAAUAAUUCAAUGUACCAAGUUCUACUUCAUCUACAUAACUUCCAUCAUGAAUUGAAAGACCAUUCCAUCUUAGACAAAUUGUAGAUUUUCGCUGGACUUAUUAUCAACUAUGCAUUGCAUUGAUAUUGGCAACGUCAUGGUCAUCUACGGGCACAUCUGAAUGCUUUUGAAACCAAUGAGAGGAGACUCAAGGGAGUCAAUUUUUCUCGUCGAAAAAUUAUAAUUUCAUUUUUCUGUGAAGUUUAAUUUCUUAAAAUAUUUGUUUUUCUUGCUUUCAAAUAUUGCAUUUAUUACUCUUGUAGUUCUCUUCACUUGGGUCCUUGGACGAGAAAUGGCUGUCUGAGUUUGCCUUGUCCCUAUCAUCUGGUGUCUCAAGUGACAAUUCACCUCUCGGCCUGGGCAAAGCUCAGAUAAUUUGGCCCACUGUCGAGGAUGUCAGAUGCUCUCUUGAGGUAAUUAAUUAAAGUGCUAAGGUGUGUUAAUCUUAUUUCUUUGGGUUAUCUGUUGAUUUCUUCAUAAUUAUAUUUGGUUUUCACGUUAGUUAUUAACUUUUAUAAGUCAAUUUUCAUGUUGGGCCAACCAGGAAAAUUCACAAUGAAUGUGGUGUUUCCAUGUCAUCAAAUGCUGAAAGGAUAAAACAUAUACCUCAAAAGAUUUGGUUCAAUGAAUGUCUGAGGUCUGGAUGGAUACACAUGUCGAGUGUAAAGUUAUUAUAUUACCUAUUGUGAAAUUCAUGUGCAAACUCCAGCUCCUAUGCUUGAGUCAUCUUUACUGGAAUCCGUCCAGAAGUAAAAAGCCCCUGUGUUGAUCAACUUUGGAAUCAUAAAAUGAGAAUAGUUGCUUAACCAAGUAAAAAAAGAAAAAACUUUAAACUUCUAAAUGGUUAUCCAUGUCAUCGACGUGAAUGUCACACUCUUGAAAUAUGAUGUUGAAAUCUUCUCUAAUAGUUUCUCUACCAGUUGAAUUUAUUUGCAAAUCCCUUUUGUUGGUCAAAUCAUGUGGCUCAGAUAGCUACAUCCUUUUAUGCAGAAGUUUGGUUAAUCGUUUCCUCUUUACGCUGUACCAGCUAUCACCCCAGAGAUUCUGAGAAAAUUGUUUUUAUUUUCCUAUUGCACUGCCAUGGGCUUAUUUUUAGUUCUAUGAUAUGAGUUUGAAUAGCUUUAACUUUUGUGCGGAUGCUAGAUAAUGUUGAAUCUAUUUUAUCUGUAGCAUUCCUCUAUGAACAAGUUGUAUCACAUCUUAAGUGUAGUUAAUUCAAUUUAAAUGUGCCGAUUUUGAUAUCACAUCUAGCGCGCAAUCCUAACUACUCUAGGUGAGUCUUAUUUAUAUGAUCGAUGAUCUCUGAGUUUCUUUUAAAUGCCUCAGGGAUAUGCUUCAGGGAGUGCCAUUCCCAGCCCGCUAAAGAAUGUGGAGAAAGAGUUCCUGAAGAAGUAUUGGGCGAAAUGGAGAGCAAACCACACUGGACGCUGGUACUUUUUACUCAUUUCUUUUAUACAGAAGUAACGUGCUAAUGGUGUGCUAUCGGUUUAAGCAAUGUUCUUAUGGUUUUUAACCCAUAAAUCGUUUCAGAAUUUAAAGGCAAUGGACUAAUGACCAUGAAUUUGCUAGCACUCGAAAUAAGGGUUUUUUUGGCUCUCAGAUGGAUAUAAAAUAUCGAAUUGUGGAAAAUCUCCUUGUUCUUCCAAUUUGGUUUUUAGUCCUGUGAAAUUGGACAUCCAUUGUACCCAAUGCGUGGCAUGACUAUCCAUCACUUUGGUUCCAAUCAACUGUUAAAAUAGGUCUGCUACUGAUCAAAUGUUGAAAUGAUGUGGGUACCCUCCCCUGAAAGAGGUCCUUCCUGAAAUAGGUUUCCCUCUCACCAUCUUCUCGUGUUCUUCUGGUCUUCUCCAUUCUUCUCUCUUAAACUUAAUUCUCUCUCUGUCCUUCUGUGACAACAUGUUCGCAUCUCACUAUCACAUGUACCUCACUCUCCUCUUUAUUCUUCUUUCCUGUUCUUACUUCUGAGCGUGAGCUGGACAGACUACUCCCCCUUUGGCCAUUUUCUCUGAUUUUGUUCCUUCCUGAGAGCUUAUUUUGUGGCUGAACAGAUAUCAUUUUCCCAUCACCCACAUAUCCGUACAAUUUUUUUUAGGGCUUCCUGUUAUCAGUAUCUAGGUCCCUUCCCUCAAACCUGUCUUUCAGAAACUGCUCUCCUUGUCUGUUUUUGGGUAGGCGAGUAUGAUCGUUAAUAUUUUAUGGGUUGUAAUGCUGAUCUUGAUAUACGCUAUUGUAAAGACAGUUAUUUGACUAUCUUUAAAGACCAUGAUGCUACGUUUGAUUACGAAGGUGAGUGAUGGUAUUCAGUCUGAUGGUGUAUAAUGCGAUCCAAAUAAUUUGGAAAACAGUCUAAACUGUAGAAACCCCAAUGCAAUUUUGACAGAUAUUAGAUUGUAUGUGAUUAUACUUCGCCCUUGUACCGCCUAUUAUUUACUAUGAUAAAUCUGUUCAUAAGUAUUACCAUCAUCACAAUUAUUUUAGGUAAUUCAGCCUCCGCGGAAUGUGUAUCUUCCACCAAUUUUUUUCUUAGCCAUAUUAUCGGCUAUGUAGUUCAUGCAGUACCAUCGCUCAUGUUGACUUCAGUUUUUUUUUUCCCCCAUUGUUUGUUCGUUUCAGUCAUGCAAUGCCUCAUAUAAAGUCGUACACUCGAUAUAAUGGUCAAAAGCUUGCGUAAGCUGUGCUCCCCACACGUCCAUCUUCUGUUUCCUAUUAAGUCAACGAGCCCUGACUUUGCUUCAUGAGCAGAUGGUUCCUUCUUACUUCGGCCAAUCUUAGCAAGGCAGCUUGGGGAGCACUGCAGAAGAACAAUUCUCAACUCUUCAUCCGUUCUUAUGAGGUAAUUGGAUAGGUUAUGCAUCCUGGGCACUACUAAUUCAUGAACCAUUUGGCCUUUGUUUUUCAUUAUAAUCUUGGUGAAAUCAAUAACUUUUGACCAUUCUCCUUCGAACUAUAUGAAUUGUACCUAGUUUCCUCACCGAGGAAUUCAAGUUCUAUAAGAGGAACUUUCUUUCAUUGUCCCCAUGCCCCACCACCAAUCAGGUAAAAGAUCCCAUCUCCUGAAUGUUGUCCACUAUCUGAGAGAGUCUAUAAUAAUAAGACAUAAAUUUAAGUUUUGAAGAUUUUAGGUUACAAUGGAUUAUGCCCCAUCUCAAUUAGUCCCCAUUAUUGGGUAUUAUUAUAAAUGAUCAGUUUAAAUAUUUUAGUUUGGAAUUAUCCAACCUCGAAAAUCCUCAUCAUUCUACAUAAUUCUCCAAAUAAUUAAACGUUACUCAAUGUUUGACUAGUCGCUUCAUCAUUUACUGUUCCAGUUGGGUGUUCUCUUUCUUCCAUCAAAGCUCCAAGGCCACGCACUGCCAAACUUCUCGUGCACCGAUGAUGGCAGCCCAAUGCAGGCAAAUCGAUUGCCGAUCUCUCCUCUCCUCAGAUUUUCGAUCAUAUCAUCUGAAUUUUCUUACUUGCCCAUGCUUUUCUUCUCCUUUCCUCCCAUUCAGGUUUCACCAAAACCAAGAACCCUAGUGGGCCAGUGCAGCAACACAAGGCUGGUAACUCUCGGUGGGUUGGGGACAGGACAAGCUGAUUCAUCCACCAACGUGAUCUCCAUUCCGGUGCCAUAUGAGCUCCCUCCGCAGCCCUACACACCAGAGGGUCAGUCCCUCUCUCUCUCUCUCUCUCUCUCUCGCUCUCUGGCACUCUCGCUCUCACUCUAAAUUUUUCCAUAUUUAGAUGUUCCCUGGUCUUGGGAGAGAAGAUACACAAAGAAAGAUGUCCACGGCCAGGUCUGGCCCCGGCAAGUUGAGCUAUACGUUGGCCAAGAUUCCUGA